AUGGCCAAGUACAGAAGGAACAGAGUACCAAUAGAUAUAGAGGGAGAAAAGGAGUGGAGGGAAGCAAGUUUUCAACCAAAAGAAAUCCACACUGUUUCUGGAUGGAUGGUCCCAAUAGUGAAGGUGAAGCGAGUUCAUACCUAUAAACUUGGAAAUCUAGAUUCAGAACUAAAAUUCACAUCUGGGCUUGUCAAACUUGGUACUUUUCACGAUUACGACUUUUUGUCCACCUAA